AUGCCGUUCUGCACGCUGAACGCCGCGUUUGCGGUGGCGAGCGCGACGUUCGUGGGCGGCGCCGUCGUCGCCGCGCGCUCGGGCGCGGACGCGGAGAGCGCGCUGGGACGAUGGCGACGCGCGCGCGACGAAAAGAUCGCGGCGGAGGAGGCGGUGAAGAAGGGAGCGAAGAAGGGCAAGGGUAAUAAGAAGAAAUAA